AUGGCAAUUGGACAAGCUCUCCUCACCAAACCUCCAAAGCCCAAGAUCCCACAACAGCAACGACAAGAUCAGGAGACCAAAAGAUUAAAUAAUACUGUUAUUCAAGAGCAGUCGCUCAAAUUUGAGCAAAGCCUGGAGCUUGUUAGAACACUGCUCGGUGCUUCGAUUGGGUGUCUUUCCUUCCUUCGUGGCCUUCUUCCCGAGGAAUGUUUCGUUGAAAAACGUUAUGGUGGAAGAUCUUCGGCUGCUAUGAGCUACAGCUCUUUUACUAGUGAUAUGGAUGAUGAAUCUUUCAAGAAAAGCAAUACGAGCUCUGGAACUCGAGUGAAGAGACUGAGGAGAGGUUAUUCUGGGGAAGCAGAUCAACUUUUAGAUUGGCUCGAGAUUGGUAUCUUUGACGCCCUUCAGAAAGGGUACCUUAAGGCCGUUCAGCUAGCCAUUUAUGUGGAUAAAGAACACCCAGAGAUUAUAGUAGAAUCUUAUACUUUCUCUUUUUCCUAUCGCGAGAAAGAAGAUGGUACCUCCGCAAUCAGUCUUCGUGUUACAGAUAUUAACGGGCGUGGAGUCACGGUGGAAGAUGCAAACAAAAAUCUCCAACUCAUGAUGAGAAGAUUGAUCGUUAUUACUCAGAAUCUUCCUCCUCUCCCGGAUCAACGUUGGCUUACUAUCCGCCUCCAUUAUCUGGACCAUACACCAAACGACUAUAAUCCACCGAGCUUUGUUCGUGUCUCUGCCAAUGCGACCCCGCUCCAAUUUCAUGAAAACGAUGCCAAUGACAUUGAAAGGCUUGAAGUUGGAAGCCUCAAUGCCGGUUUUCAUGCAAUUUCUCUCAAAAUAUCAAGUGUGAACAAUACCGGAAGCCAGGAACGCCCAAAGCGACGUCGUGGCUUAAAAACCAUCCAUGCAGAUACCGACAUAGAAGCACCAUUAUUCACAACCGAUUCUUCACAAACCACUCCUAAAGACCACAGCAACACCACAGGUAUAAGUGAAGCAUCCGAGGGUCUGUCGAGCGGCAGUGGACAAGACAAAAUUUCCGAGGAGUUGCCAGUAGCGGAAAAACGUCAAGCAUCUGGCAGUGACAAAAAUAUCAAGAGACACCCUGUUCACCUCCCUCAAACUUCGGGAAGGGCUGGACGCAAUACGCAAGAGAAAACACUCCUUCGUGGAAUGCUCCGUCCAGCAGUCCGGGAAGAUGAUGUCACCGAGACCCAGCCACUUGCCGACGACCCUGGAGCAAGUGAUAAUCAAAAUAGCCUUUUCGAUACUGAGCUACUUCCGACGUCGCAUUUUGAGACGCAGGCCGUAGACAGAAUCCAGAAUCCUAUUCUUACCUCCGCUAAUCCUACUAAUAUCUCCUCGGGAAUUGUUCGCGCAGGAGUAGACCUAGUUCUAUCGCAUCCCCCCAUUUCUGGUGAAAAAAGACUUUCACUAGGAGGAUCGGACCCCACUAUAUCUACUCAUCGACGCCAAAGUACCCGUAUUUUACAAAAGGUUGACAACGCCGAGUCAGUUGAUAAAACGGUGGGCAGGAUAAAGCUUUCAAAGGUGAAGAUAAUCGAGCUAAAACUUAAGGAAAAAAGCAAAGGCAUUCAAAAUUCUUCACGAAAGAGCAGGACUAUAGAAGGGGAUGAAUGGAAGGAUGAAAAGCACGAAGAUAGAAUUAACUGUGAAUGCGGUGACGAUAAACCUGAAGGGAAUAUGAUUUGCUGUGACAAUUGUGAUGAGUGGCAGCAUACUGAUUGUUAUGGUUUUAUUUCAGCCAAGGACAGCCGUAUACCCGAUCACCAUGUUUGUUAUAGCUGUCUUCUUGGGGCAAAUGAAGGGAAACUUCUCGAGGAAAUGCGGAACAUGGCCCUGUUCAGACGGGCCUUGAAAACUAUCUGGAGUGUGGACGUUUUCCCAUCAUCCAAUAAGGUUUUUGCCAACAAGCUUGGGUGUGAUUUACCGACUGCACUUCAGAUUACAAAGCGCUUGGAGAGCGAGGGAUUCAUCGCCCACGAUGUUGCCAAAUCAAAGCUUUGGAGAAAAAGGGCAUACGAGAUUUUGAAAACAAAUGAAACGAAGAGCCUCAUGGAUGCUGAAUAUUUUGACCCUCUGAAAAAAAUAUCACAUCAUUUCAAAAAUUCAGCAGCUGCAAAUAUCUCACACAAAUCUCCUCUUGAGGAAAUUCCAUUGGUAGAGCCCCUCCCAGAGGCAUUCCUAAAUUCGUUGCAAUUGAUGGAUGCCGGAAUUCAGGACUCCCAAGAACUUGAGAGGGGUUUUGGAGAGUCAAAUACCGCCCCUGCCCACAAGAGUAAGACCCGAGUCACUGAUCAUGAUGCGGACUCUACCGCCGACGAGGAAGAAAAUAUGACUAUCUUGAAACAUACUCGGAAGGAUAUAACCCAUUAUGAUAGGACUAUAGACAGAUUUGGAAACUCGGGUCGCUCUAAUACCCGAGCUGAUACCGCUUAUAAUACUUCGAAGCCCAAAACAAGAGCUCCUUUUGAAAUUGCAGAAUCUCCUGAACCAAUGGAAAUUGACAGUGUUGGGAAACCGCAAGCGCCCCUUAAUGCAGAUAGAGUUUUACCGAAAGCUAUAAACCACAAACGACUACCACUAAUGAACGUGGGUGGUGCACUAUAUGAUAUCUUUGUUGGUGAGGAAUUAGGGCAGAGGGAUUUUUAA